AUGAACUGGCGAUCAGAACGUAUAUGGAUAGAACUUAUAACAGGUUCUCGAAAAACAAGUAAUUUAUGUUGGGCCUGUAUACUUUUUUUAGGUUCACUAGGGUUCUUAUUAGUUGGAACUUCCAGUUAUCUUGGCAGGAAUCUGAUAUCCUUAUUUCCGUCUCAGCAAAUCCUUUUUUUUCCACAAGGGAUUGUGAUGUCUUUCUAUGGUAUCGCAGGUCUGUUCAUUAGCUCCUAUUUGUGGUGCACAAUUCUGUGGAAUGUAGGUAGUGGUUAUGAUAGAUUUGAUAGAAAAGAAGGAAUAGUGUGUAUUUUUCGUUGGGGAUUUCCUGGAAGAAAUCGUCGUAUCUUCUUUCGAUUCCUUAUGAGAGAUAUUCGGUCAAUCAGAAUGGAAGUGAAAGAAGGUAUUUAUCCUCGUCGUGUCCUUUCUAUUGAAAUAAGAAGCCAGGGAUCCAUUCCCUUGACUCGUACUGAUGAAAAUUUCACUCCACGAGAAAUUGAGCAAAAAGCUGCUGAAUUGGCCUAUUUCUUGCGCGUACCAAUUGAAGUAUUUCGAACCAAGGAAUGGAUACUUUCUCGGCAUGGGGUAGGAAACCCAAGAAUCCUUUUUAAUACAACUGAUCUUUCUUCGGAACAACUGCUCAUUCGAUCAAAACAUGUUAGUGUUAGAUCCUAUUUCCGCUCCCUUCUGUUCCCCGUCUGCGGCUAG